UUUUAUAAAAAGUAGGCGAACUGAAAUUAUUGUUAAAAGGAAUUGAUGUUUUGUCUUUACAAAUUUUUAUGAGACAUACGAAAUAUUGUCAAUUGGUGUUCAGCAAAAACGAAGCGAAGGAAAAAGAACAUUGAAAAAACAUUUUUAUUUUUUAUUGCCAUUAAAUACAGCAAGUUUGAGCGACAAGGCGAACUGUGGGAAAAAUCCCCGGCGAGAGAAAUAGUUGUCAAAGAAAAGCCGCGCGCAAGUUGCACAGACUGCUAUCCCUUUCUCAUUUUGCAAACAAGUCGCGGGAUAUAGUAACUAGUUGAGACAAUUGAUACAAGUGCUUUGGAACGUGUAGUGCGUUCUCUUUCUAAUUGGUUUUGCUUAUUCAGUUCGUUGUGUGGUCGGCGAGCCGAGUUUCGUACGUUCGUCAAAAAGCAGUCUGCUGCGAGAUAUUGUGAAUUCGUCUUACUACACCAUCAUUUGCCAAAACUUUGAAUCAAGCAAAGAAGAAAAUUCAUUCUUUUUUCUUUUUUAUUAUUUUCAUAAAAAAUAUAAUUAAGAAAUUUGGUUUUUGUGCGUGAAGCUCCAACACAGUGAGCCGCCCUACAGACACCCAUACAUUUAGAUAUUCUACUAAAGAAAGAAAAUCAAAUUUUUAACAGCAUAAAAUGGCGUUAAAAAGAAUUAAUAAGGAAUUACAAGAUUUGGGCAGAGAUCCACCUGCGCAAUGUUCAGCUGGCCCAGUAGGAGAUGAUUUAUUUCACUGGCAGGCAACAAUAAUGGGACCGCCUGACAGCCCGUAUCAAGGUGGUGUGUUUUUCUUAACAAUUCAUUUUCCGACAGAUUAUCCAUUCAAACCGCCUAAAGUGGCUUUUACAACGCGUAUAUACCAUCCAAACAUUAACAGCAACGGUUCGAUUUGUCUCGAUAUAUUAAGAUCUCAAUGGUCGCCAGCACUUACUAUAUCAAAAGUUUUAUUAUCAAUUUGCUCUCUACUCUGUGAUCCGAAUCCAGAUGAUCCGUUGGUACCAGAGAUUGCAAGAAUAUAUAAAACUGAUCGGGAAAAAUAUAAUGAAUUGGCACGAGAGUGGACCAGAAAGUAUGCUAUGUGAUGCGUUCCAGUUUGUAAAAUUGAUCCGUCGUCGUUGUCGUCGUCGUCGUUGUCAUACUUAUUAUUAUAGUAUAUCGUCAACAAUAAAAACAAUAGGAAAAGCAGUAAAUGCAGCAACUGCCGCCGCCGCCGCCGCCGCCGCAGCAGAAAUGAAUAGUUUUAACAUCUAUAACUAUUUAUACGACAGCAGCAACAACAACAACAAAAACAGCAACAAUAGCAUGAAAAGUUUUGUAAUGAAGAAGGAUUUUGCUACUAUUUUAAAAACAUCAACUGCAGCAACAACAACAUAAACAAUAGCAAACUACAACAACCAACAACAACAACAACAACAACCAACAACAACAACCAACAACAUAUUGCAAACGCUCUUUAAACAAAUACAAAUAAAACAAGAAAUACUACACAAUAUGGAAAACAAGAUGAUAUGGAAGGAGAAAAAUUUAAAAUAUUAAUAUUAAUAAUAAUAUAAUAAUAAUA